UUAUUAGAUUGAACAAACGAAUCAGCCAAGAUCAUAGGUGUAAAACAUAAAUCACAAUCAUAUUGCCUUACCAGAGCUCUGAAUUGUAAUCUAAGAAACAAACUUUAAUUUAUCCAAACAGUUGCAGAAGAUAAAUAAUCAAGUAUGAAAUGUAUCAUUACUUACUUACUAUACCUCACCAUUGGUGCACAGACUUUUAUCAUUCGUGGUUCUUUUAACAUUUCCACUAUAUCAACUGCCAUUUUAAUUUCUGUUUAUACCUUAUAUCAAUGAAAAGUUGAGAAACCAUUAUAAAACAACAACAAAUGUAUUUUUAGUUCUAUUCAUUCCUUUCUUAUCUUCUAUGAAAAUAUAUUGUAAAUGUGUACCUAAUAAAUACAAAUGUUCAAAUCAUAAUGCAAAUUCAUUUUAUUUCUUAUGAGAUGUUUUGGUACCAUAAAAUUUACAUUAAUUAAUUUAAGCAUUAUAAAAUAAAAAGUAGGUCGAAUUUACAGUUAUACAAACACAAUGCAUGUAUAUUUUCUGAACACAAUAUUGUCUCAUUGACAUUUAAUUCUUUACAUUCGAAUUAAUCCAUAGAUUUAGAAUGCAUUACAAUAACUCUCGUCCCACAGAAGAAUGUCCUUUAACGAAGAGUAGAAGUUAUAGACAUAAGAUAAAUUUGUACUGUGGAGAUGGUUUGAAAUUUAUUAUAAGCUGUUUUACUAUUUUGACUAUCUCCAUUACAACAACAUUAAUUUUGCAAAUACUUUAUGCCGAAGAAACACCUCAGGAUAAAGCUGGUACUCAUGGAGCGGUUGCAACUGAUUAUACAAAUUGUUCACAAAUUGGAACUAAAAUAUUACGAAAAGGUGGUAAUGCGAUAGAUGCAGCUAUAGCAGCAACCAUUUGUAUGACAAUUGUUGCCCCACAUAAGACUGGUCUUGGUGGGGGUGGCUACAUUAUGAUAUACAAUCAUAAAGAACGAACAAGUCCAGUUAUUAUUGACUUUGCCAAUAAUACUAUUGGAGGUGCUUUUGAACAAAAUGGAAUGCGUGUACCAGCUGUAUUAAAAGGAUUAGAAUAUGCACAUAGUUUAAAAGGUAAAUUACCAUGGAGUGAAAUUGUCAAACCUUCUGUAACUUUAGCUACAGAAGGAUUUGUUGUAUCCAAGGAAUUAGCCAGUGAAAUAUCAAAAAAUAUUAAUUAUGAAAUAUUGUAUGGGCACCUUAGUGCUGGGGAUACAUUGAAGUUACAAGAUCUUGGUGACAUGUUAAGUGCUGUAGCACAAUAUGGCUCUAGAGUGUUAUACAAUGGAACUUUCUCACAGAAACUUUUACAUGACAAGGAUAAACUUUCAGAGCUGCUUAUACAGUUAGCUAAUUAUAAACCUCUUGUGUAUCCAGCAAAAAAAACAAGUUUUCAUAAGCAUGCUAUAUAUUAUCCUCCACAUAUCAUAUUGUUAGAAUCAAUGAUCUUAUCAUUGGAAAAUCUAAAAGUAUCUAUUGAAAAUGCUUCUACAAUAGAAGCACAAGCACAGCUAGCUGCAGCAUUGAUACAUUCAACUUCUAUUCCAUUGCAACUAAAACAAAAUGCUGAGGAGGAAAAAUACACUGGAGUAAUGGCAAUGGAUUGGGAAGAUAUUUACGUUUGUAUCAUAACUGGACUUAGUUCACCAUUCGGUCUUGGACACAUGUCUAAUGCUGGUUUCUUAUUUGACAAAAGUGAUACAAAUAAUACUCUGUCUAUGCUUACUCCAAUCAUUUUCCAUAAUGAUAUUGCAUUGUGUGGAUUGAGAGGAGUUUUUGGAACAGAUGAUACAUUAAUUGUAGGACAAUUAUUAUACAAUAUUAUUGCACGCGAAUUAAAUGUUUCCGAGGCUAUAGAAUAUCCAAGGUAUUACUUUUUAUCAGAUGGACUUGCUGUAGAAAAUGAUCAGAAACAUUCUGUAAAUAUUCUAUUACGAAAUCAAUUAAACUCAAUGGCACCUACACUGCAUAUGGACACAAAUUUAAUAUUAAAAAGUGUGAAUGCAAUCAUAAAAAGGAAAGAUUCAAUGUCAAGUCAUUCAGACAGUCGGGGAGGUGGUCUUUCAUCAAGAUAUUAAGAAAUGUGUUUUACUUAAUAUUUUAUUUUAUAAAAUAUUAAUAUACUCUUCAUUAAGACUUAUUUCUAGAUAAAUUUUUAUACAAUGAAACUUAAAAAUAAUAGUAUUUUUAUUAUAUAUUUAUAUGUACACAAAAUAUAUAC